AUGUUCACCCCUGGUCCGCGGAAAACUGCACAGCGGCAAAACUCGAGCUCAUCCAUAGCAUCUACAGCAUCUUCGAACUCGACCAUAUCUGCGACAUCCACGAAUACGAACGGCUCCCUCCAAGCAGGAACGGACGCCUCGAACUGGGCCGCGCGGAAGAAGCCGACUCGAGGGCUGUGGCCGCCAGGAAAGGCAGAGCCAGCCACGGGCAUUACAACUGCGCGACCUCAGGCUGUUACAUCUGCGACGUCGAGUGCUGCCGCGGCGAACGCAAUAUCUGCGCUGCACGCGCCUCUGCUGCCGUCGCAGCAAAUGGCGAACGGCAAUGGUCAGGCGAAUGGAGUGCGGGAACAAGUGCAGACUAUGCCACCGGCAAUACUUCACCUAUCGCCUAUGAAUGGCACUUUCGAGCGAAAGACGAUCACUGUUCCAUAUGCGCCCGACGUAUUGCGGAUUGGUCGGCAGACGAAUCAGAAAACUGUCCCCACACCACUCAAUGGGUACUUCGAUUCGAAGGUGCUGUCAAGACAACAUGCAGAAAUAUAUGCCGAUCGACAAGGCCGCAUCUUCAUUCGCGACGUCAAAUCGAGCAAUGGCACAUUUGUCAAUGGCAUGCGGCUGAGCCAGGAGAACAAGGAGUCGGAGCCACGAGAACUGCGGGAACAGGACGUUCUGGAGCUCGGCAUUGACAUUGUCUCAGAAGAUCAGAAAACAGUCGUACAUCAUAAAGUCGCAGCGAAGGUUGAACAUGCUGGUAUCUACGGGCAAGGACAAGACACCCUUAACUUCGGCGACCUGGAUCCAAGUGCUGGCCCAGGUCUCAUGGCACCACACCAGCUCAAGAGAAAUGGCAGUCAAGGUUCAAUUAAUGGAAGAGGCUCGAUGAGCCAAGUAUCAAGCCAAGCAGCAAUGAAUAUGGGCAUGCUCAACCAGCCCCAGCACAUGAGGAAUUGGCUGAAUCCGAUCACCACUGAGCAUAUCGUGAGAAAGCUAAACGUAAGUAACUUUCACGAAAUGAAACUCGCCAUGCAGCAAUCGCAAGAGAUUGCGAGGGCGAGACAAGCUAUCGAAAACAUGCUUGGCGGCAAGAUCGAACAGCCAGCCGUUAAGGACGCAAAGUCAAAUUCAGAAAAGUCGAGGCCAUCCCCGACCAAGUCCAAGCUGGAUCUCAAGGCCCAUUUCUAUGAGCCUCCUGCUCCACCACCUCAGGCUCCACUUCCAGAGAAACCUGAUGUUGCGCGUGCUCUUGCCGAUCCCAUAAUCCAACCACUUUUGCGCAGAAGUGAUACUGCUAGGUCAUCCUCGGCGAACAGUUCUCCAACCAGGACCGACCAUUCCGGAGACAUCUUGCGCUUGUGUGAAGAACUCAAACUUGCGAAGGGCGAACUCAGCAAUCAGAGCGAGCGCAUGAAGAACCUUGAACAGGAGCUCGCACAUGAGAGAUCAGCCAGAGAAAGCGCGGAGGAGCGGGCACAAAGAUUUGAGGAAGGUGGCCGGAAAGACUCACCUACCAAUGAUGGACACCCAAGCGCUGAUAACAGCCCCGGCUCGAACAUCCCAGUACCCGAACUGCAAAUCCACCUCGACCGAUUGCGCAUCACCAUGGAUGAGAUGAAGACGCAGAUGGAAUCUUAUCGACAGCGUGCUGAGAUUGCAGAACUUGAACGCGACGAAGCACGCCAGACUCUCGCUGAGCUUGUGGAGCAGAAACGCAAGGAGAAUGCUGCCAAUGCUACGGGAGUCUCUCGGUCUCCUCCUAAAUCACCUCGCUCACUAUCUAAGCGACCACUACAGCUUGAUGGCUCUGGAGAGCUGAAUGGACAUGCCGUUGCACCUGCUCCGAUAUCUAGUCCGACUUCGAUCAGUCUCAUGGAGCAUGCUGGUGUCGAGGACGGACAACCAAUCACGCCCGACCAGGCCAGACGGCUCAUCAAAGACCUUCGUCAACAGGUACUGUCUACAAGUUCCGGAUCUGGGGAUGGCGAUAGUGCUUUGCUAUAUUACGGUGUCCCAUACGGAAGCUUCGCUGCGGUGGUUGUCCUUGGCUAUAUUGCUAUGACUUGGAUCAAUGGCUGGCCAAAGCAACAUUCACUACAAGCUUACCACGUGUCUCGACACGGUCUCCAUAGGAGGCCGCCGCUCUCUGGAGCAUUGCAGCAGAUGAGACACACACACCUUCAAGCUUCUGCACGGCCAAACAACCUCGUGCUCCCGGCUACCAUGCUCAGCCAUAGGACCAUCUGCAAUUCCCGCCAAAAGGAGGAAACUCAGAGCGGCAUGAGAGACGAAGACCUUGGAAAAGGGUCACCGGCGUUGGAUCACGGCCGAGCAAAAGUGGUCCCUAUAUAUACGACUCUUGAAUGUCGCGAACUGGCAGCAGGAAGGCGGACGGAUUCCAGACCAGCAGGUACGGGCAGCAUUGGGAAAGCCGGAGUUGUGCCAUUAUUGCCACAGGCGAUGACAUCGAAGACUGUGCAGAAACGAUGA